GUCACGAAAAUGGUUCCGUUGGACGUAGCGACGAUCAGUUAAGAUUUAAUCCUCGAGCGGGCAGGACGUGCUCUGUGCGGGAAGGAAGACAAUAAUAAUUUUACAACAAUGAUGCUCACGGACAAUAAUUCCGGCAAAGCUGCGGUGUACAGUCUGGAAGAGGUGGAAAGUGGGCUCACAACCGAAAGUGACGCGACGACUGUAACCACACUUCCAAGCAAACCGUCUUCGCCGCGGAAGUUUUUCGAACGGUUGUACGGUCAUCUCGACAAAGACCGCAGUUCAAAAGAGCCGGAACCCGUUCCAACCCGGUCACCGUCGGUCAGUUCCGGUAGUUCAAACCGAUCGUCGCCAACAUUACUGGAUAUUGAAGAAACAGACGAGAUCUCGCGGCAAGAAGUUAGUGCAAGUGUCUACUACGAUCAGCAGCAGCAACACCAGCGUUCGCAGCCUUAUGGAUUAGUGGCUCAACCAGUCGGGCAGAUUAGUCAGCAGCAGUUGCAUUUUGGGCAGCCGCCGUCGUCGCUGGUGACCGCAGUAGGCGGUGGGUACGCCACCGCCGGAACGUUUCGACCGUUUUUUGGACUUUCGGCCGACGGAACGCACCUGCCGGCGGGGUUGUCCGCUUUUUUGGCACGCCGGAGGAAAAAGGAAGGCCGUCCACGCCGCCAGCGGACCACUUUCAGCAGCGAGCAAACCCUGCGCCUCGAAGUGGAAUUUCACCGCAACGAGUACAUUUCCAGAGGGCGCCGCUUCGAGCUGGCCGAGGUGCUCAAGCUGUCCGAGACGCAGAUCAAGAUCUGGUUCCAGAACCGGCGCGCCAAGGACAAACGCAUCGAAAAGGCCCAGAUCGACCAGCAGUACCGGACAUUUGCCGCCGUAAACGGGCUGUUUACUCCGUUUAACCCGCAGUACACGCAGGUUCACCACAGCUUUUAUGACCAGUUUAGCAAAGAUGAUCACGGAAUCGCCAAGUAGUGAAGCGAGUUUAAAAUAAUUUCUCUGUAAAUAUGUUAUACUUUCGUUUGCAAUCAUCAGUCAAGCUUAA